UCCACACACAGACAGCAGCACGGCAGCGCCCGGCCGGGAUAACAUGAUUAGCUCUCUAUUAGGUCCGCCGCUGAGCACCACUAGAUGCAGCACAGGGAUCAUUGUGUGGGGAGAGAGAGAGGAGACACGGAGGGAAGAAGACUUCACCAACACUCAUGGAUCUCCUUUGCUUACUAUUGAUCUGCUUAAAGAAGUUACCCGCUGUCAGCUUUUUUAAUGCCCGUGCGUCUCUGGCACUGGAGAGCUUGUGUCACUGCUUUCUGCCUCAGAUGAACUGACAGCCUCAUGAAUACUAAGCGCUUCUCCUUGAGGAGCGUGUACAUGAUGAAAGAGACACAUCCAGGAAAGCCUCAGAGGAGUGAUUCAGUUCCUUCCUUUCUCAGCCCUGCUGCGAGCUACUAGCUCCGUCCUUCCUGGUGAUGAUAUUUGCUAACCUCAGGUGAACUCACACAGGAAGUGGGCCAAUCUGCUCCGAUGGGGUUUGACAACGACACCAACCAGACUCUCCCAGCCGUCGCCCCGUACAGCCUGCGGAUCUCGCUGCCACUCACGGUGUUGGUGGGGAUCAUGAUCCUGCUUACAGUGUUUGGCAACGUGCUGGUGGUCAUAGCUGUGUUUACAAGCCGGGCCCUGAGGGCGCCACAGAACUUAUUCUUGGUGUCUCUGGCGUCGGCGGACAUUUUGGUGGCUACCCUCGUGAUGCCUUUCUCCUUGGCCAAUGAGCUCAUGGGAUACUGGUACUUUGGCGAGGUGUGGUGUGAGAUAUAUCUGGCGCUUGAUGUGCUUUUCUGCACCGCCUCCAUCGCCCACCUCUGUGCCAUCAGCUUAGACCGCUACUGGUCCAUCACACAGGCCAUCGAGUAUAACUUGAAGAGGACGCCGCGACGCAUCAAGUGCAUCAUCUUCAUCGUGUGGGUCAUCGCGGCGGUUAUCUCCUUCCCUCCUCUCAUCACCAUGGAGAAAGAAAACAGUGAGGAGUACCCUGUGUGUAAGAUCAAUGACGAUAAGUGGUACGUCAUCUCCUCCUGCAUCGGCUCCUUCUUCCUCCCCUGCGUCAUCAUGGUCCUGGUCUACGUGCGGAUCUACCAGAUCGCCAAAAAGAGGACGCGGGCGCCACCAGGAGACCGGAAAAUGAAGGAGAUCUCAAAGACGGCCACCGUCGCUGCCGCCAACCAGAAGGCGAACGGUGUUGGGGCAGGUGACACCGAGGAGCGCCUCUGCCACGAGAAGCUGAACGGCGAGCGGGAAAUCGAGCUGAAGGAGGGAGUGGGAGGAGAAGGAGGAGAAGGAGGAGAAGGAGGAGAAGGAGGAGCAGAUGAGGAGAAGGGCGAGGUCAACGGGGUGGACCUUGAGGAGUCGUCCUCGUCUGACCACAAAAUGAAAAAUCCCUGCUCGAUCAAGAAGAAAGCAUCCAAGGGGAAAACCAAACUGAGCCAAAUCAAACCGGGGGACGAUGGCGUCCAAAAGCGGGCGGCGAGCACCAAGGGCAGCCGCUGGAAGGGCCGACAGAACCGGGAGAAACGCUUCACCUUCGUCCUGGCCGUGGUCAUCGGAGGGUUUGUCAUCUGCUGGUUUCCCUUUUUCUUUACAUACAUGCUGAAGACGCUGUGCGACUCCUGCACGGUGCCCCACACGCUGUUCAAGUUCUUCUUCUGGUUUGGCUAUUGCAACAGUGCGCUGAACCCCAUCAUUUAUACGAUCUUCAACAACGACUUUAGGAGGUCGUUCAAAAAGAUACUGUGCAGAAGGGACACUAGAAGAUAUGUAUGAUGGACUCCAUCUUUAUGUACAUACUUUUUUUUGUAUUACUAUAUUGUACAUAACUCAUAAAAUGCAUAGACCAUUGUGCAUGGGUCACAGGCUUGUACGCUCUAGGUGUAACUGCUUGGAAAGUCUUUCCAGCAUCUUUUCAAAACAUCCACCGCCCACAGCUUCAACACUGAUCACACAGAGAGGUCAAGACAGAACAGAUCACUACAGUGAAACCAUGUUUUUAUCGUAAAUGUUAUUUUUAUUUUUAUAAAUGAAACCAACAUAGUGAAGUCAUGAUAUGUGUUGUACUUUACGACCUGUCUGGAUAUUUGUCUUUAUUUUCCUUGUUAUGGAUACAGUAUUGUGCCAUUUUGUAUGAUAUGAUGAUAACGACAGCGACAAUGGUUCAGAUGAUGAUGAUGAUGAUGAUGAUGAUGAUGAUGAUGAUGAUGACAAAGGGUAGGAUAAAUGCGGGCUCUUUAAAGAAUAAAACCCAUUUCCUGAACUGGUCUCAAGGCUCCACAGCCAAUUAAAGCAUCAGCUUGGUGACGUUAUCCCAGUCUGUUACACUGUGUUGACACACACUUACACACGCACACACACGCACACACACACACACACACACACACACACACACGCACGCGCACACACACACACACACACACACACACACACACACACACACACACACACACACACACACACACGCACACACACACACACACACACACGCACACAUGUGAAGGUGUGAAAGCCUUGAUACCAGGAGGGCAAACCCACACGUCUUCUUGUUCAGUAAAUUGUAGGAUUGCAGGACCUCCAGUUCCUCUCUGACAGAAAAGUGCAAAUGCAGUCUGUUGAGUCUGACCUUUGCAAGAGAUUAACAAGGAGCUCAAUGUCCAAAUGUUCUCUGGUCCUCAGAUUUAUCGUGUAGCUCUUUAUGUCAGAUUCCCAAAAAUAAAUAAUCUUCUAAAAAAUAUAUUUUUUACCUUCCCAGUGUGUAUUUGCUCAGGCGUUCAGAGGUAGUUUAUGAAUCUAUUGUGGAUGAUUGGUGAAUACAGUUGCAAUGCGAGACAGGGAAAGUGGAGAAAUAAUGGUUUGUUUGCUGCUUUGUGUUACCACGGUAUGCGUCAUUAAGUGAAGACAUGGAGCCUGUUAAACCACAACCUGAUUGACUGCUUCUCUCUCUCUCUCUCUCUCUUCUCUCUCUCUCUCUCUCUCUCUCUCUCUCUCUCUCUCUCUCUCUCUCUCUCUCUCUCUCUCUCUCUGGGAGAAUGUGUGUAAUAAACAGUGUGACUAUCAUCCAUGCAGUGAAUACAGAGAAGUGGAGGGUGUUGUGGGAAAUGAACAUUUUAGAUGUAAUAAUCAAUGUAUUAAUGUUGUUGAUGCUUAUGUGUAUCACUGUGUUUAAAUUGUAAAGAGGUCAGAUGAGAGUCAACUGAGAGGAAACAUUAAAAAGCCAUUGUUCUGAGGAAGGGCUAAGGUAAAUGCCCACCCUUGUCAUGAGGUCAGCAUUGUUUAACUGAUGGCAUAUAAGGCAAGACACUCUGAAAGUCCUUCAGAGAACAACCAUUUGGGUCUUCUCUCCAUGCUGCAUGAAGUAAAGAG